AAUAGGCAACAGAGCAGCGGCCGCGCGCACGCCACCGCCACACCGUUCCAAAGGCAAGGCAUCACCGCCGUCGCCUCACCGGUCGCCCUAUCGCUAUCGGUCACGCCACCGCGCCCCCCGCGCCCAUCUCCAUCUGCCGAUCCACCCGCGCCCGCCUCAAAACCCCACCACCACCGCUGCAACUCGCCCAGCUCACUCGCCCACCACUUCCAUCUCACCCACGGAAAUGGCAAGAACAGCGGCGCUGCUGCCGCUCGUGCUGCUGCUGCUAGUGCAGGCCUCGGCGGGCGGCGCCGACUGCCACUUCCCGGCCGUGUUCAACUUCGGCGACUCCAACUCCGACACGGGCGGGCUGUCGGCCGCCUUCGGCGCCGCGCCGCCGCCCAACGGCAUGACCUUCUUCGGCAGCCCCGCCGGCCGCUACUGCGACGGCCGCCUCGUCGUCGACUUCAUCGCUGAAAAUCUGGGAAUACCUUACCUAAGUGCGUACCUCAACUCAAUUGGAAGCAACUUCUCGCAGGGAGCCAAUUUCGCGACAGCUGGCUCGACAAUCAGCCGACAGAACACAUCUCUGUUCCUCUCUGGUUUCAGCCCCAUCUCCCUCGACGUCCAGUCCUGGGAAUUUGAACAGUUCAUCAACAGAAGCCAGUACGUUUACAACAACAAAGGUGGUAUCUACAGGGAGCUCCUGCCGAAGGCCGAGUACUUCUCCCAGGCGCUUUACACCUUCGACAUCGGCCAAAAUGACAUCACCGCAGGCUAUUUUGCAAACAGGAGCACCGAACAAGUCAUAGCGUCCAUCCCUGAACUCAUGGAGAGGCUCACCUCAAUAAUCCAGAGUAUACACUGGCUCGGAGGGAAGUACUUCUGGAUCCACAGCACGGGGCCUAUCGGCUGCCUGCCUUACGCUCUCAUUCGCCGGCCCGACAUCGCCGCACGCAAGGACAACGUUGGCUGCUCUGUCACCUACAACAAGGUCGCGCAGCUCUUCAACCAGAAGCUCAAGGAAACUGUGGCUCGUCUCCGGAAAACUUACCCUGAUGCCGCGUUCACCUACGUCGACGUGUAUACUGCUAAGUACAAGCUUAUCAGCGAAGCCAAGAAGCUAGGCUUCGAUGACCCUCUGCUGACCUGCUGCGGACAUGAUGCUGGCCCGUAUAACUAUGACCCGAAGGUUGGUUGCGGUGGGAAGGUACUGGUGAACGGGACGUGGGUGGUGUUGGGAAAACCUUGCGACGAUCCGUCCAGGAGGGUGAGCUGGGACGGCGUCCACUUCACUGAGGCUGCCAACAAGUUCGUCUUCGAUCAGAUCGCCGGGGGCGCGCUAUCGGACCCACCCGUGCCGCUAAGGCAGGCUUGCCGGAGCAAAGGGCAGUGAACUACUUCAUGCGGAUCAUUAGUCAGUGAGGAGAGGGGAAUGAGAAUCACAUGACAAUCUGUAGAAGUUCUCGGUACAAACACAGUGGGUAAGCAUGAAACAUGUUGUCACUUGGCAGUCUAGGUAUGGUCUCGAUUCCAUAAUGGUGUGAGAUGAGUACUGGUACCAAUAAAUAAUUCUUCAUCUCGAUCAACAAUCCAACGAGAAA